UGCUCAACAUGGCGCCGGGGGUGGCGUUCACGAUCGGCUUGGUCCUCGUCGUCGGACAGCUACACCUGCGGCCGGGUACCUUCGCCAAGACCUUCGCAUUCCCCGAGUACCCGUACAAGGAGACCACCAAGAAUGAACUUCUAUUUAGACAGUUCGAGCAGGCUUGCGAGGAAAGCGGCGCCUGCAAGAUGCUUCCGCCAGAUAGAAGCGACAUCGCGAAGACCAGAUGCAUUCGAGAAUGUGUAUCGCCGUCCUGCUACAAAGAGAUCUACCUAUUCGACCAGCUUGAAGAAGGCGAGAUCGACGUCAGACUAAACUCGUUCAAGGGUUGCUUCAUGCAGCGCAACGGCCGACCGCGGAAGUAAGGGGAAGAGGAGAACGAGGAGAAUGGGGGAAAGAGGGGAG